CACAAACCUCUGGCAGGUUUCUGAUCAAUCCGGAGUAUUUUCGGGUCGGUCUGCCUGGCUGCAUCUGGAGGCAGUGGCAAUUAUUCGGGUCCUGGCUGACUGUAGAUCACCAUGGCAUCUCAGUGCCUGACGAUGCAGUCCAAUAUAGUGAGGCCACAGAAACUCAACAGCUGCCAGAAAAGGACUCAAUUUGCGCGAGCAAAUGUCUCUCAAGUUUUCAGGAUCAAAGGGGGAUCAUUUGGAAGACGUGCAGGACGUUGCCUAGGCACCACGAAGACCAGGGCUGUGAACUUCAAGGAGGAAACGGCAGUGGGAACCUCGGACGAAGUGUGGGAGGUGGACGAGGAGGAGGAGUUUGACGAUGGACCGGACGAUGGUCAGGGCCUCAGCACACAGCAAGUGCAAUCCUUGCUUCAUGUCCUGUGUGAUGAGACUGAGGUCGCAGAGCUGGAGCUCAAGAUGGGUUCCUUCGAAUUGCUUGUGAGGCGCUCUACCAAGGGCGACAUCAGCAGCUCGUCAUUGAAUGGCGCAGCUUCAAACGGUGCAAUGGUUGCUCCCCCGCCAGCAUCUGCUUUUGCUUCAACGCAGUCCAUGGACAUCCCAGCCGGCGACUUCCCAGCUGCUCAGAGCGUCUCUGUGUCCUCCAUCGACGAGGACAUCGACGACGAGAGCACCAUCUUCCUCACUGCCCCGAAGGUCGGAAUCAUACGCCUCGGCCGAUAUGUGAAGGGCAAGAAGGUGGGCAAGGGGAAUAUAAUCAACGUGGGUGACGAGGUCAAGAAGGGCCAGACACUGGGCUUCAUUGAGCAGCUGGGCACCUAUGUGCCUAUGGAGGCGCCCCAGGCAGGAGAGAUUGUGGACUUCCUGGUGGACGAGGGCACCGCAGUGGAGUACAACCAGCCCGUUGUUGAGCUGAUGCCCUUCUUCGGCGGCCACAUCAUCGGCGACCGCAAGCACGCCUGAUCUGGCAGCACUCAAGGGUUACCAAUGACUACUGAUAGUGCCUAAGCUUAGUAAUCUCAUGGCAGCUUGCAUGCUGCAGCAAGUGCAAAAGUUCUGGUUGGCAACAUCUAUGCUGUACUGGGCAGUGGACAAGGGUGUACACAUGAGGAGAAUGAGGUUCUGGCAGUACGCACUUGUGCAAGAUUUUGAUGCUAGCGCAAGACACAAUGCAAAGAGACGGGUGAGCGCCAACCGAGAGAGCAUGGUACCUUGGGUGCCAUAAGCAUGGUACCUUGGGUGCCAUAAUAGACCGCCGUUGAUGCUUACUUCUCAAAAUCAUACGAGGCGAGUGUGCAGUAGUCGUGAGAAGGCAUAGGGUAAGCACACUGAGAGGAGGGGCAACUGUAGUCUUCAAAUGUCCAACAAGUGAGACUUCUUUGCUGUGCAUGUCUGCUUUUGACCUUCUUUAUGGAAGCGCAUGUGGGCUCAACAAGGCACUGCAUGAUUCCUUUGAGGAUUGCUUAGAGUUAUACAAGUCAGCGCAACCCAUGUUGCAAUCUUUUUCGAAGCUGACUGUACGAGUGGACUGUGAUAGCCCCCUGCAAGCUGUGAAAAAGCCUCGAGCUGAACUGUAAAAGCUGCACUGUAACCGUCACAAAUAUUUUUUUACUC